AUGGUUGCGACAAAUUUCCCGGCUCUGCUCCCCCAGAUCGUCGCGCUAACGCUUCUAUCGCUACCGUCCGACCAAGAGCUGAGUGUGACCUACACCAUCUUCAAGCAUUCCAGCACUGACCUGAAGGCUGUACGAUACACACAAUGCCAAAGUACGAAAAUUACGUCCGGCACGCCGGCAGGGUAAGUUUUUUGAGUUUAUGAUUUUUUUUUUAGUUUGAGUAGUUUCUUUGGUGUUUACAUACAUAGUCUGAUAUAUUUUUGUUUGUUUUUUGUCUGACUAUUUUAAGUAUCUUUUUAAAGAAUCCAAAGACUAAUGGUACCAUCGGAUCACAGGACCAAUAAUAAAAAAUUGUGGGUGCCAAGGAAGCCUAAGUCGGUGGCGCUAAAGGUCACGUCUUUUACCAAGAUUGCAAGUCCGAGGUCACAAAGCACAUUGAAACGACCAAUGUGGACCAAAGAGAUUUGAAGAUAACCCAUGAAGAUUAGACCAUUUGUGGCAAGCCCGAAUUUGUACCAUUAGUAGUAAUUCUUAUGCAGCUUUUGCUUUGUGUCAAACCAGUAUUUGGUCAGACAAAGAAUGGUCUUCGUGGAGGAAGCAAAGGGCUGUUGCAAGUUGGAAGGCACCGACCCGAAACCAGUAUGA